GAUGGGAUAUUUUUUGGGAUAUUUUUUUUUAUCUCAGUGUUUUUCGUGUUUUUGCUACCAAAUCGAGAAAUCUUGGAAUACUCAAAGACAUAGAAGCCAGCAUGGGCCUCUUCUCAUCUCUGAAGUCAGCUUCAUCAUUCUACCAAAGGAUUCUCCCCAAUACCCUCCCACAAACAGUUUCCGUGAGGUUUGCCAGCAAAAAAACCGGCACCAGUACCCGCAACCAAGGCAAGGGGAACAGCAAACCCAAACAUAGGGGAUGGAAGCGCCAAGACUCUGAAUAUGUCACAAGUGGAACUCUCUUGGCUCUGCAGAGGACAACUCGCUUCCAUCCGGGUCUCAAUGUUGGUUUUGGGCGGAAUGGGACGCUCUGGGCAAUGCAGUCUGGAAAAGUGAUCAUCAGCUGUGAGAAAACCGACCUGAACUGGGAUCAUUCGUGGGUUCGGAGGAAUUACGCAGAAAGGGAAGGACAAACCAUCUACAAGAAAUUCUUCAAUGUUAUCCCAGAAAAGCAGCACCAGAACUUCCGGCUGGUUGAAGAGGUGUAGAGAAUAUUGAAUAGUUUAUUAAUAAAUUAUAGAUUUUUAAUUAAAUAGAAAU